AUGCACGUUAUGAAUUGUGUCUCCUUGGUCAGUGAUAAAGGAAAUGGGAAUAUUGCCACGACAGCUGGAUUCAUGAUUGGGCAAAUGCCGCCACCACCACCUCCUCCUCUACCCCCUCCACCUCCGCCAUGCCCAUACUCGGGGGAAGGGUUUCCUCCCUCUCCUCCCCCUCCCCCUCCACUGCCUGGGGGGCCUCCGGUCCCCCCUCCCCCCCCAGGACUACCCCCAACCUCUCACCUGAACGGCUAUAGCCACCUCGGUAAGAAAAAGCGGAUAAGGAGCUUUUUUUGGAAAACCAUUCCAGAGGAGCAAGUUCGUGGCAAAACCAACAUCUGGACCUUGGCAGCCAGGCAGCAGCAUCACUACCAGAUUGAUACAAAGAGCAUCGAGGAGCUGUUUGGGCAGCAAGAAAAUACCACCAAGUCUUCCCCUUCUGGGAGAGGAGGGCCUUUAAAUUCGUCCUUCAGGGAGGGCAGAGAAGAGAUUACUAUCUUGGAUGCAAAACGGAGCAUGAACAUUGGGAUAUUUCUAAAGCAGUUUAAGAGGUCUCCUCUGUCCAUUGUGGAAGAUAUUCAUCAAGGAAAGAGUGAGCAUUAUGGAUCGGAGACGUUACGCGAAUUUCUUAAGCUUUUGCCAGAGUCAGAGGAGAUAAAGAAACUAAAGGCAUUUAGUGGAGACGUGGCCAAGCUGUCCCUAGCAGACUCCUUUCUGCACUGCUUAAUUCAGGUGCCAAACUGUUCACUGCGGAUUGAAGCCAUGGUGCUAAAGAAAGAAUUUUUGCCUUCUUGUUCUUCUCUAUACACAGAUAUAACCAUUCUAAGAACCGCUACAAAAGAGCUGAUGUCAUGUGAGGAACUACAUUCGAUAUUACACUUGGUGCUGCAAGCAGGGAAUAUCAUGAAUGCAGGAGGGUAUGCCGGCAAUGCAGUAGGAUUUAAACUAUCUUCUUUGCUCAAAUUGGCAGACACAAAAGCAAAUAAACCUGGGAUGAAUCUCCUGCACUUUGUUGCACAGGAAGCCCAGAAGAAAGAUGCCAUGCUUCUAAACUUUUCUGAAAAAUUGCAUCAUGUUCAGGAGGCUGCUAGAUUAUCCCUGGAUAACACAGAGGCAGAGCUGCACUCGCUCUUUGUCAGGACAAGAUCGCUAAAGGAGAACGUCCAGCGGGAUGGCGAGCUCUGUCAGCAGAUGGAAGAUUUCCUUCAGUUUGCCCUGGAAAAGCUGGCAGAGCUGGAGCACUGGAAGCAAGAGCUCCAGGACGAGGCCCACACCCUCAUCGACUUUUUCUGUGAAGACAAAGACACCGUGAAACUGGACGAGUGCCUUCAGAUAUUCAGAGACUUCUGUAUCAAAUUCAACAAAGCAGUGAAGGACAACCACGACCGCGAGGUGCAGGAGCUGAGGCGGCUGCAGCGGCUGAAGGAGCUGGACCAGAAACGGCAUUCCUGGGCGGCUGGGGAGCUUGGAUUCGGCCGGAGCAGCAGUGAGAAUGACGUGGAGCUGUUGACUAAGAGGGGCGUGGAGGACCUGCCCCCCUUCCUGCACUCCAGGCCCAUCAGCCUCUCCUACCGGCCCCCCAACACCCGCCGCUCCCGCCUCUCCCUGGGCAUCACGGCCGACCGGGAGCUGCUGACCUUCCUGGAGAGCUCCACUGGCAGCCCCGAGGAGCUCAAGUUCCACAGCUUGCCCCGGAGCUGCCCCCGGCAGGCCCAGGCCAGCAGGGCCCCGACGGAGCCUGGAGAAGAGAGGCACCAGGGCUCCAGCCCAGCACACAGACCUCCGGCCCCGGAGGGCCAGGAGGAAGCCCCCCACGCCACCUCCGCUUGGCAGAGCCAGCUCCCGGCCCCCUGGCCUGAGGAAGCCGCCUCCGCCUUACCCCGGGUUCGUCGCAAUGGGGUCAGCGUCCUGCGAAAGAGGAACAGCGAGCCCGUGGGCCUGGGUCCCGUGCGGUGCCCUCCACUCUCGCCGUUGGCUCUCGGGACUAGGGAGCAUGAGCUGGUGACGGGUCUGGCCCGGUUCGACCUCCAGGCUACCAAGGGCCCGGAGGAGCCGGCCCCGCUGGCCGCGAAUGACUUCAGCCCGAUGGAGCGGGCGUCCGUGGGGGAUGAGAGCCCGCAGUCCCCGGGCGCCAGCAACGGCAGCCCGACGCCCGUGGGCGGAGGUGCCCAGGGGGGUCCCAGCCCGGCCCCGGGGGAUGGCAGCGCGACCCCGGAUGAGCCCAUCAGCGUGACUCCGGUAUCGGAGGGCAGCAGCCACCCGGAGAACCAAGAUCCUGGGCCUCUGUGCCACAUCUCGGACACCACCGACUGCUCGCUGACCCUGGACUGCUCGGAGGGAACCGACUCCAGACCCGAAGGGGGGGACCCGGGGGAGGGCGGCGACGGGGAGGGCUCCGUGUCCUCCAGGGCCCUGGAGACGGGCGGCAGCCAGGUCUCCUCAAACCCCGCCUGCCACCCGCCUGCGGAGGUGCCCAUUGCCGCCUCCGCCUCCGUCGGCUCCGUCCCGGGGAAGGGCGAGCCAGGCUGCAAGGGGGGCCUGCCCAGGGACAGGCCGGCCAGAGGGAGGGAGGCGCCGGCCCCGAAGAGGAGCCCCCUCAAAGAGGCGUCGGCGGGGGCGUCCAGGGCGGGGCCCGCCCGGCGGGGCGCGGGGCCAGUGCGGACGCUGACGGGCUGGGAGAGCGAGAGCAUGCGCAAGGUUGUGCCCAUCUCGCGCGCCAGCCGCGCGCCCCCAGCCGGCAAGCGCCCCCCUCGCGAGGCCCCCGCCAGCGCUAACCCGCCGACGCCGCUGGCGCGCCGCAGCUCGGUGCUGGGGCCCCCGAACGCGUCGCCCGGGAGGCCUUCGACGGCGGCCCGGCCCGGGAGGGAGCCCCCAGCGCCGCCCAGGAGCUCCUUCCGGAAGCCCAGCGCCAAGCCCCUGCGCAAUGUCCCGCGGCAGAAGCCCGAGGAGAACAAGAUCUGCCGCUCCGGUUCCCAGGGCCCCGACAGCCCCGAGGAGCCGCGCCGCGCCCCGCCGGCCCCCAGCGCGCCCCGCGGCCCAGCCCCGGUCCCCAGCUUCGCCCGCAACACGGUCGCCUCCUCAUCUCGGUGCCAGAGGACCGACUCCCCCACUGUGGCCGGAUCCCCGGGCCUCAUCCGGACCAUGUCGCAGCGGCAGGUGAAGGGGAAGGGUGGCCCCGAGGACGCCGCCCCCAAGGACAGCGGCGCCCUGCGGCGGGCCGGCAGCUCUCGCGCCCCCCAGAAGGGGCCCGAGUCGGCCGAGGGCCCCGGAGACAGCGCCCAGGCCCCGCUGAAGGGCCGCGGGGCCGGGGAAAGGGCCUCCCUCCGGCUGAAGGACGCCUGUCGGGGGGCGCUGGGGAAGGGGCUCCAUCCCUUGUGGAAGUGAGGGGGCGUCCGCCCUCCCCGCUCGCCUCCUGGGGUUCGGGUGGUGAGGACAGACUUCUGCGAAAGGCCGACCCCGAAUGUCUACUCCACAUGAAGUCCUCCGCCGGGGCCACCUGCCAGUGCUCCUGUCACCGAAGGUGCAGCCGUGGGGCCCGCCCACCAGGCGCGCUGACUCCGGCUGGACGGACGGACGUCCUGCCGCCAUGGGCGGGCAUCUCCGCCCGCGCCCCGGAGGUGGACCAGGCGGACCCCGUCUCCCAAACAGACCACAGAGACCCGUGAACGACUCAGACGAGGAAAAUGACUUUCCUAUGUAACAAGUAAAAGAAGAUUUGGGGCCAGUUUUUAUAGAUCAGUGACUUAUUUUUUAAUAUAAAAAUUAAACGUUGUUUUAGUUGGUUCCUUUCACGGAGUGAAAUGCGUCCCAGGGGGAAGAUGGUGAAGAUGUUUUUAUCUUCCUGUGUUCCCUGGCCUCAGGGUUCCACCUGCCUACCCCGUGCAUAGCUUGGCAACUGGACUCCGCAAGCCCUUGGGUGUUCCUGUGGUUGGCCCCGCCUUCCUGAAGACUUUCUUCUUUGCUCGCCUCACCCUGGUGACUUUGUCUGCAGAAGUAGGGGCAUGGCCUCGAUCAUGGUCUUCAAGGGUCCUUCAAAUUCCAAGAGUCCAAGUCAUCAUGAACAACCAAGGACCCAUGUCUGCCCUGGGAUCAGCUUCCAGAACUAAUCCCCAGCAUCUCUACAGCAGAGGUCUCACAUAAAGGGCCGCUCAGAAGAAAGCACCUUCAGAAUGAGUUGUUGCUUUGAUAUCUAAUAAGCUGAGUUUCCUGAGAAGUGGUGUUUUGCUUAGCCCUAUGGACAACUUGUAUGCAUCUGUGUGAACAGGUGAUCAUUCUAUUACCUUUUAUUGGUAGUAAGCUUGGAAAAAUAAUUUAAAUAUAUAAUACAGAACUGUAAAUAAGUUUCUAUAUAAAUUUAAGAUAAACUGAAUGUAUUUAAAGGUCCAUUUAUAUGUUCUUUUAUGUAAUGUGUAGUUUAAUAAAGCUCCUCUUU